AUGUUGCGGGUGUGUGAGAAACUCCGUGAGGCGGACGAGAAGGGCAGGAGGUACGGACUAGCCCGUGCGGAGACAGGCUACCUCCGUGCCCUGGUGGACGCCAUGGCCGACACGGACAGGCUGGCGGAAGUGGAGAUGCUGAAAACUCUGGGCGACGUGAACGUGGAGAAGGGAAGACUCGGGAAGGACGUGGGGAAGUUCAACACAGCCUUGGCGCUUUACAUUGCUGCUAUGGUACGGUGUUACCAUGAAGAACAGGCAGAUGGUAUAGAACACCGCUACCACUACACGGAGAGGCUUUUACAAGGGGUGUCGUCACAGGGUAAGAAACAGCCAACUGAAGACAAGGAGACCACUACACCUGCAAAGGUAGCGGCAAAGUUCCAAGCAUUGGACAAGAGACGGGCUACCGGAGGGAACACAGACUCUUUGCUGGUCAGUGGAUACGCAAAGCUGAUGGUAGAGGCGAUAGUAAAAGACGACAGCGUGUUAGAAACAGAAGCGAUCAAGAGUCUGGGUGACGUGUACCUGAAAAGAGGAACAGAAACUGGAGACACUAGAAACUUAACUAGAGCUACUGCUCUGUACAACAGGGCACUGGCGCGGUGUCACAACGUUCAUGGAACAGUUGUCAUUGUUCACCGCUUACUGCACACCGCAAAAAUCAGGCAAUAUAUCACCAACACAAGAGACAAGUUCUCGCAGAGGCCAUCGCGUACGCAACGACAAAAAGACGUGAGAGGACGGAAAGGUCACUUCUCUGCCUUCUCAGCUGCGCCCUCUAACGACGGAACUAACUGUCAAGUUGAAGACGACAUCUCCUACCGCAGGUACAUCCAGACGACAGACCGUGACGUGAGAAAUGGAGACCUGGACGCAGCAGAGCAGAACCUAACAGCCGCCCUGAAGCUGGUUCAUGAAGACCCAGAGAAAGACUGGUUCUUUGACUCCGUCACACAUCGCGGCUUCGCCUUCGACGGCUUUAUGCCAUGGGCUUCGAAGACUCCGUUUAGAAGAGACGAAACCAAAAGCAAACCUCCCGUUAGUCUCAUCCAGACUCCAGCCAAGUUGGCCGAAUAUCAGCAUCUGCACAUCGCCCUGGCGGAAGGCUAUCACCUCCUGAACCUGGUUGAAGAUUACCCACCAACAUCAUUGUUGGCGGGGAGCGGAUCUUGGGGAGCGGACCAAAAGCUAACAAGGCAGGACACCGGGUCUACGUUUUUAUUCAACUAUAAAGACGACUACAAGGACAAGAAACUCCUCGCUAUCUUCAAGUCUGUGCAGGAGAAGCAGAAGGAGCUGGAGAAGAGGGGAGGAGAAGCCUUAAAGAGGUUAAACUCCUUGGAUGGAGACACUGAACUCCUUGAACUGUUCCUUCAGGAGUUUGACUUUAGUGCGCAGGACAUGUUUGACCUCCUCCCCGUCACGACAAACUUGGACUCUUCCAUCAAGAUGGCGAUCAACUCUGCGAUUGGCCAGGCAUGA